CUGCGCAAUUGAAAGGGUUGUUCUUGUUGCAUCUCAUUCCUUUUGAAUACGCAGCGGGCGAAGUCUCUAGUCGCUUUUCGUGUGAGAAAGCAAGACUGUGCAGACCAUGGCGCAACGACUAAGCUUCGCCCAGCUUGAACAAGCUGCACUUCACAUCAUCCGCCUCAUCGCCGACAUUCCUGGCCUGGACAACACCAAACUCGCCAUCAUUGGCGAUUUGGCUGUCGCAAAGUAUCUCUCGCGCCAGAACCGCAUAGCAAGCAUCGACCUUGUCAUCAGCAAAUCCUCCUCGCCCGGCCGCGUCAAGAAAGAAAUCGUCGGCCACCCGAUCAGCCCCCUCGUCGAAAAGUCCGGCACCGUUCUGUACCGCCACACAAGCGGCUGGGAGAUCGAAGUCAAGCUCAUCCCCGACUGGCUGAGCCCAUACCUCCCCGACUCAGCGAAGCGCGUCCGCGACGUCACCAACGAAGCGACGCUGCCCUACACCUCCCUCGAGGACCUCAUCAUCUUCAAGAUGGACGCCUGCGGUCUGCACGAGAACGACAAUAGCAAGCGACGCGAUGCGUGCGACGCAGCAGCCCUGCUGGAGCUGGCCUCUGAGCACGGCGCCCUGCGCCUCGACGAGGAUAAGACGGAGCGUGCGGAGGAGGCGCUGGGUGAUAUGGUUGAGUUCUCUGAUGAGAAGGACAAGGGCUGGUGGCAGCGCUGUCUGGGGAUGGUGAACGAUAAGCCGCGCACGCCGCAGGAGAUCCUCUCCGAUAUUGCAGAGCGUCCCCAGACUGCGUCGUCACGCUCGUCAAUCCACUCUUCCAUCUCGCGCGCCUCAUCCUACGCUAGCACGACAUCCACGCACUCUUCUACAUCCUCCAUCUCCUCGACCGCUACGUGCGACGACAAGUGUCCCAAGUCACCGGCCGAGAAGAACGGACGCCCUCGCAAGAUGAGCGUCACCAAGAAGACGUCGCGUCACAAGCGACACACAUCCAUCGGCGCGUCUACAUCCGUCAGCGCUCUCGACGCGCACAUGCACCGUCUUGAGCUGGACCGUCCUGCAUCGCCUGGCAUCGCUCUCACAAACCGUCUCUAAUUUCCCUUUUUGUUUGUCACUGUGUUUGGAGUUAUUGACCUGUAAACUUGGCUACUUGUACAUCAUAGGAUACCCUCGAUUCAUUGUGGUUUAGCGUGUAUUUUAUUAUGUACGAAAUGGCGGGACAUGUAAAUGUAAAAGUUUGGCCUUGGGUUUAAAAAGUUUUGGAGUUGUGAUGGCAAAAAUGAUGGGGGAUUCAAUUCGUGUAUACGUUUGGUGGGUUAAUUGGAUGUUUUAGACCUUCUUUACUCUAGAUUUUCUUUAUCAAUUAAUUGCAAGCGAUUUGUAUUAG